AUAAAAGUUAAAAGAAAUAAACAAAAUACUCUACAGAGUAGCCGGUCGUGUACACUGGGAGAUAAUCUAUUGCCGCUCUUUUCCGUUUUCACCGCUUCGCAUUAGUGUAGAAGGAGACUUAAACCAACUCUGCACUCGUAAAGCUUCCGGCGAACAUGGGCAAAAUCGGUUUGCAGAUAAAGGCGACGCUGGAAAACAUCGAGGAGCUGAAAACAAACCAUCCAAACUACGCGUUUUUCCUGAAAAUCAAAUGCACCAACUGUGGUGAAUUGUCGGACAAGUGGCACGAUCUGACCGAGAGCGACCACGUCAACGAGGAUUCACGCAAUCCGAAAGGAUUCAACUUUUACAUGAAAUGUCGCAUGUGUUCCCGAGAAAACAGUAUCGACAUUAUCGAAGGUUCCAAUGCUAGCUACACCGAGCAGGAUUCGGGCAAAAAGAAGACGAUCGUUAUGUUCGACUGCCGUGGUGUGGAACCGACCGAAUUCAGUCCACGGUCGGGGUGGAUUGCCAAGGCGACGGAAAAUGGACCGACGUUUGAGGAUAUAGAUUUGUCGGACGACGAUUGGGUGGAGUACGAUCAGAAAAAUAACAAUUCGGUCGGUGUGUAUGAGUUUGAGUCGGAUUUCAUAAAGCUGAAAAAGUGAGCUAGUUCUGUUGGAUAGGUUUCCAUUCUGGGCAAUAAAUGAUACGUGCGGUUUACAAUGUG